AUGCUCGCCGGCUACCUCCCCUUCGAUGAUGACCCCGCCAACCCCGAAGGCGACAACAUCAACCUUUUGUACAAGUAUAUCGUGACAACGCCUCUAACCUUCCCCGAAUACGUCACACCUCACGCUCGGGACCUCCUUCGCCGUAUUCUCGUGCCCAAUCCCCGUAAGCGCGCGGAUCUAUUCGAAGUUGCUCGUCACAGCUGGCUGAGUGAAUACGCGAACCUCGUUGAAUUCAUCACAAGCUCGACAACGUUACCGUCAGAAGUCCCCGAUUCAGGCGUGUCACCAGACGAUUACGCCGAGGCCCCGACGAUUGCCCGAAGCUCUUCUGUUCGCGAGGCUUCAAAGCAAAAACAAUCUCAUCCUCCUGUUGUUGGAGGACUGGCGAAGACGCAUGGCAGUGUCGAUCCCGAAUCUGAGACUACUCAUCGCAGCACACCGAAGGAUGCAAAGCGGAGAACUGUUCAGGUUGAAUACGUGGCCCCUACGACGAAAACUCAACGUGGUGCAGAUGCCGCGCCUUCAAAACCUAGUUCACAUUCCCUCCAACAGCAAGGACCAGUGGAUGUGCCUGAAGCCAACACUGAGAAGCCUCUUCCGCGUGAACCUCCUAUGACAAAGGACAACCCUUCUCGCACCCAGUCGAGACGUCCACAGAGCUCGCACAAGAGCGCUGUCCCCCACAGGCCAGCUCGCGACACCCGCGCCACUUCUGACAAUGCCUUUAUGACUGGGCCAACCAACACAGCAAGGCCACGGACCCAGGGCUCAAUGCAAUCUUCUGCGUCAAUGGGUCUGCAGUCUCAUGGGAACUAUGGUCAGCCUGCACCUCCCACUAUUGCCGAUACAAACGCUCACGGUCGAAUUCAACAACCUCAAAAUCCUGAGGAUGAGGAGAACAUCGCCAAGACUGUGGGUAGUGUUCCUCCCAAGGUGAUGAAGAUGUCGACUUUCCAGAAUGAGACAAAGUCGACAGGCCGAGGUCACAAGAGGUCCAACACCUUGGGUGAUCUUGGUAACAAGAUAAUGGGUCGCAGCGGGUCUAUCUUUGGGGGACGAUCUAAGAAGCGGCCGGAGCAGCAGCCGCAACCUGACAAAUCAAGGAAGUAUCCUCCCGUCAGUAUGCCCACCACGAUGAUGCCAGGUGAGGAAGCCGGUCCCCGGCCCUCCAUGGAAUCAAAGGCCUCCCGACGAUCAUUCUCCCUCGGACUUGGAAAGAAGCGUAGUGGCAGUGUCCAAGGUUCUAGUGAUAAGAAGGACCGCCGGUUCUCCCUGGUUAAGGCGAUGGGCCUUGGCAAGGACCAGGGAAGUGUAACUGGGUCUGAGGCGGAUUCACAGCAGGAUCUGCCCAUCCAACAUCCUCGAGCUGAGCAACUCCGUGGCUACAGCGCUCACGAAGAGGCUCGACAUAGCGAGCCCUACUUUGACGCCCCCUACGAACAAUACCCCCAACGUGAUACAGCACAGUCUAGCCCUGUGUACCACACACGCCAUGCGAACGCUCAACAACAGGAUGGCCGAAGACCCAGCGCAAUCCCUACAUAUAUACAAGGUAGUCAUCUGAACACAGGCUCUGACUCAUCAGUGGAUGUGCGACGACCUCCCACUGAUUCAAGGUCUCGCCCAUACCAAGCGGACUUUUCAGAGUCAGAAGGUUAUGAUGGACGACCAGUCGGAAGCAGUCGUGACGACCGAUCAAGUGUGCUUCAGAAGAGCCACAAGAAGUUUGCGGAUGCGUACGAUGGAGAAAAUUACCGCGGGCACGAAGGCAGCAGCGGAGCCGCCAAGCGGGUGAUGGAUUUCUUCAGGAGACGUGGAAAGGCAAGGGGUGGUGAAGACCGGUGA